AUGUGCUGUCGUCUUUGUGACACUGACUGCCGAUCAUAUGAGGACUGCUCUCGUCCGGUGGAGGUGGUGUAUUUGCUGAGGCUGCUGCUUCCUUCUGGUGCUGUGGAUGGCACAUAUGAUGAAUGCAUGACUUCAGCCAGCACGUUACAGACGCAGGAGGCCACAGAACAACCCUGUUGGUACAAAUACCUGAUAUGCCUUGGCGACAUAAUUAACAGGGUUGCUGCUGUACUUUGCCCCAUGCUCGACAGCUCAACACCGGCGUUUGCUAUCGAAUUGUUUCCCUGUAUUCGUGUUGAUGUCUGUUCUCAUGCCGCAGAGUAUGAUAGAGGUAGGUUUUAUCGCGUCAAUGUGAAGCAAAUCCAUCGGAAUGAUGCUAUCCGCGUGCGCAUUGUUCGGCAACGCCGACAACGGAACCGAGACGAAGUCAGGUUGUUGGGCGUUGGUCGUGGCAGCCAGGUCAUUCAACUCAGCGUGAGAAUCUUCCGUACUCUUCAUGUUUCUGGAUCAUUCCAACUUCGAUGGUCGGACAGUGGGGACUUUCCAACAGCCUGGUCCCAAGGCUUUCUUCCUUUUUUCUCCUCCCCCACACCCCUCCUGUGCAGUGGUCGUGGGUGUGUCAUGCUCGUGUCAACAUGA